UAGGGCUUUUGGCGAUCGCGGUGGAGGCGCUGCGACGAUGGGCGCACACGAAUCAAUCCGCGAGCUCCAUCUCUUUUCGCGCUGAGCUUCACAGCUUGCAGAGCUUUCUCUAAAGGGGAAUUUCGUUUCCUCUCGUCGUCAAGAGCUCGAGAGAAGAUCGUCUCUGCUAGUUCUCGAGGGCUUCUUUUUUCUUUUUCCGUUCGUUUAUCCUGCCAAGUUAGCUGGUUUUCACCAUGUCGAAGCCAAGGGGAAAAGCCAUGUUUGAUACAGGGAAUCCUAUGCUCAACAGUGUAGUGGAUGGAUUCAUCAAAGUUGGAGGAGUUGGGGCAAUUCAAGCAGCAUCCAAGGAGUCAUAUCGGAUUUUAGUCCAUGACGAUACGAACAGCAGAAGAUCUGUUGAGAGAGCGGUCCAACGUAUGGGCCGAGACUCGGUGAACUGGGGUCUAGCUGCUGGCAUGUACACUGGGGUUUCUUACGGGAUCCAAGAAGCCAGAGGCGUCAAUGACUGGAAAAACGCCGUUUUAGCAGGAGCUGUGACCGGAGCGGCCAUAACUCUAGCCAAUCCCAGACCUCGACAAGACCACGUCGUUCACAAUAUGAUCACGGGAGGAGCCAUUGCCACCGCAGCCGAGAUCAUACGAAACUUAUGCUGACACGGAGGAGGCGAGAGAAAAGGAGUGACAAAGUUUGACAAUCCACGGGCAUCACGAUCGAUCCACCACUUUGUUUCCAACUCGCCAUCGUUCUUCCCGGCAGAACUUACGUGUUUUUCUAGCAUGAAUCCAUCGUUUUUUCUUUUC